AUGACAGUUUUUGGCAAACUUUUCCCAGCAAGCCGUGGCAUCAUCUAUGGGACUGGAAUCGCUUGCCUGGUGCCUCUAGGAUGGCUCAUUAUUGGGUCAUUGCCAAUCGUUCGAAGACUUGCAUACGAACUAUUCGUCGUUCUCCAUAUCCCAGCAGCCGUAGUUUAUGUGGGCAUGUUGUUUUGGCACACUAAUAAUUAUCUUACCUCCUGGAGCUACCUUUACGCAACCGUCGCCAUCUGGGCUUUAGCUUAUCUCACGCGCAUCGGUAAUUUGAACUGGUCAAAGCCGUGGAGAAGCUCUUUUUUGGUUGGUGACGAGGCUGCUAUUACUCUGAUGGCAGAGAAUGCAAUCAAGGUAACUGUUCCAACACAGAUGACAUGGAGGCCUGGUCAAUACGUCUACCUCCGUAUGCCGGGGAUCUCCGUGUUCGAAAACCACCCGUUUACCAUCUCUUCUCUCUGCAGUGAAGACUUCCCGUCCGAGUACGGCGAACAAUAUAGGGAUUGUACUGUGGUAUUCAGACCAUUUGGAGGGUUUACUAAGAAAGUCCUUGAGACUGCUACUCACAACGGCCCUUUCAAAACAUAUCGCGCUUAUCUAGAUGGACCAUACGGCGGUAUGCAACGAGAACUUGCCGCGUUCGACACUGUUAUUCUUUUCGCUGGCGGGAGUGGCAUCACAGCCAUCGUUUCACAGCUACUAAACUUGAUUAAGAGAAUGAGGGAUGGGAAAGCAGUCACUCAGAAGAUUGAAGUUGUAUGGGCAUUGAAGAGGCUUGAAUCCAUGGAUUGGUUUAAGGAAGAGCUUAGGAUCUGCAGAGAAUACGCACCGCCGGACACUAUUAAUUGCCAAUUCUUUGUGACGACGGCAAAGAGAUAUGCAAAGACAGAUGUUGCUGGACGAGCUCAACGACCGUUGAGCACGGCAUUUCACGACAAGUUGGACGGUUUUGUUGCAGGUAUUGCAUCUAAACGGAACUCGGCUCUCAUUCGUGAUGAAGCUCAGGGCAACGAAGAGAUGGAAAGGGAAUUGAGAAGAGAGGAUGAAGAUGCUAUAACAUCUUUACCACAUUCGAAACAUCUACAACCAAGACUGCACCCUAAUGUACAAACCUCAUUUCCUCCACCACCAACGACAGGGUCAAAAUUGAAGAACUCUGAGAAGACACGUUCUCUGUUGGCAGCAUUAUCCCCGGAUUCCCACGAGGCUACCCGAAAAUUCUUGUCGCCUCUAGGUUUGGCUACCAAAGUACAAAGUGAUUCCAAAGAAUCAUUCCACUUUCCAGCACCCCCACAAAAGCUAGAUGCUCCUCAUUUCCAAUACGCUCCGCCCUCAGCCGAUUCUAAUCGAGCUAGCUUUAUUCCUGAUACAGCACGCAAUAGCUAUAAUCCUCAGGACCAUGUUGAAGACCAUGCAGAGCAAUACAAUCCUGAUAUGCAAUCUUCGGAAGAAGGUCGGCUCUCAGAACAAUUCGCGCCCCGAGAGUACGCACCCACACCUCCAGCAAAAGACACACCGAAGACGUCAAAUGAGAUAGAGGCCAUGCCUUCUUUGAAACCCCCGCAACCCGCUCACUUGAGACAAAAGUCGGAGGAAUUAAAGCUCCAGAUUCCGCAGUCAAAUUUCCAACAAAGCAUCCCGGAUCCAACCUUUGACUUUGGCUUCGCAUCAACACCUACUCUGUUCCAAAAGAAUCUCAUGCGUUUUGCAUUUGUUGCGCCCAAGAAAAAGGAAGGGUGGACUACUGAGUAUGGUCGUCCUGAUCUAGGAUAUAUGCUGAAGGAGAUGGCCACUGGGGGGCCUGAUGGACAUGGUAUAUUCGGUAGGAGGACAUGCGUCUUUGUUUGCGGUCCUCCUGAAAUGCGUAUCAAUGUAGCAACUACGGUGGCGAAGCUGCAAGCGGAUAUUUGGGGCGAUGACAGUAAAGACGAGAUUUUCCUACAUACUGAAAAUUAUGCUAUUUAA